AUGGAGGAGGACAACCGGACGGAGACCUGGCACCAAAGCCUCCAGGCGGUGCUUAAUGCUUUGAACCAGACACUUCAUGGGGUCAUCCUCUGCCCCGCCGAACGCCACGCCAUAUGUGUUUCUAAGCGGUGGUCCUAUAGGCAGAGAUGGAAAACACCUGUGAAGGAGAACGAUGCUCAGAGUACAUUUUUGUAGUUCUUCGCCGCUACGGUGGGGAGCCUCAUCCUGGGCUAUACCCGCUCCCGCAAAGUAGACAAGCGAAGCGACCCGUACCACGUCUACAUCAAAAACAGGGUCUCCAUGAUCUGA